UUUUUUCUCCCAAUUGUAUCAAGAUUCUUCUUCUAUCUCUUCACCAGUCCUCUCCUCUAUAGCCUCCCUGCCAAGUCCCUAUCUCCCUUCCUUUCCUUCCUCUCUUAAUCACUCCAUUCACUCCAACCCAAGCCAAAAUUUCCUAAUUUUCCUUUUGCUCAGUCCUUCAAAACUAUUCAUUAGCGUAUAAAUCCAAAUUUUCUUUCUUGAAUUAUUCAGCCUAAGUUUUAAAAGACUCACUUGUCAAAGAGUGAACAGUUUCCAGCUCGAAUCAUUCAGGUUGGGACCUUAGGCUUUAUAUGAGGCUUUAGCCAAGUUGUCUGGCUUGGAGGUGGUAAUAAAGUUUAAUGUUUUAGAGUUAUUUCACAGAUAUUAUAAGCUAUUAUUGGCUAAUUUUUAGUACAAAAAUUGCAAAUUUAGGUGAAAGAUUUCUUCACAGUUGAAUAAACCUUCAUAAUUCUGACCAAGCAAAUCGUUGACAGUCAGAUGCAAGUUAAGACUAGAGGAAAGGACAUGCUAAGAAGUAUCUUCAGAAAGAAUACUCAAAUUUUUAAUAUUCUAAUACUCAGGAAAAACACCUAAAUUUUCUUAAUUAAUGACUCUCUUGUUCAGGGUCAUAUAAUAUUUCAUGCCUAA